UAAUUAAAGUCUUCGAUGUUACUUGUCACACCCAUUCCAGAAACCAGAUUACUUCUUAAUCAUCCGACCUUUUCCAUCUCAUUUUCCUAAUUUUCCCCCCUAACUACAAUUUUACUUGCGUUUCCCUUUCUUAUUUUUCCUAAUUUCUCGUGUUAGAAAAGCUAGCUGUACGUUGAUAAAGAUAUCAGAAAUGGCGGAAACAGAGAAAGAAGAAUCAGAAGAAAUUGAAAAGCUUCCUACUGAUAUUCUUUCUCACAUCUUCUUCCUUUUCUCUACUUUCACUGAUUUAGCUCAGGCAAGCUGUGUGUGUAAGAAAUGGAGGGAAGGGGUGAAGCAAUCAUUGGGAAGAAGACAAAGUUUGAGCUUUUAUGGGUGUAAAAUGGAUGAUGACUCUACUUCUCGCCUCGUUCACCUUGCCUUCUCUCUCAAGGAACUUGACAUUUCAAGGAGUAGAUGGGGUUGUCAAAUAACAGACUAUGGGCUGUUUGAGAUAUCAAUGGCAAAGUGUAUUAGCAAUUUGACCUCAAUUUCAAUAUGGGGUAUGACAGGAAUCACAGACAACGGUGUUGUGCAAUUGGUCUCAAGAGCAACUUCCUUGCAGAACCUCAACAUCGGCGGAACAUUCAUUACUGAUGAAUCCUUGUUUGCAAUUGGAAACAAUUGUCUGCAUUUGAAGACAAUAGUGUUGUGGAGCUGCCGCCAUGUGACCGAGAUUGGACUUCUAUACCUCGUAAACAAAUGUAGGAAGCUGCAAUCGAUAAAUGUUUGGGGUACAAGAGUUCCCCUUGACUGCUUCAUUGGCCUGCGCAAUAUCAGCCCUGCUCUACAGAUCAAACCAAUAGGGCUCCUUCAUAAUGCUGAAGCUAUCACUGUAUGAUGAUGAUUUUAUACAGUUAAAUUGGCAAUCUCACUCGUUCUUUGUAAAUAUCGUUUCCUAUAAGUUGGUGAAUUUGAUCUGCUAAACAAAGACUCUGCAUUCAUGUGUUCUGAUUCUUCUGUUAUGAUAUCAGCAAUAAAAAAGACAUGUUUCUGUUA